CUGCUCACCGUCAGAGGCAGCGAGCGAACUUCUUGUCUGCUACGGUUGCUUCUUCUACACCCCAUAAUUGCCUAAACAACGAGCCCCGAUAGACAACUUACACUAUGGCAACCUCACCCGUAACUGCCGACUUCUCGUCCCCACCGCUGAAGCGCAGCAAGAUCGUCCUUCUGGGACCAGAAUUCAUGUACGACACCUUUGACAACACGUACCAGGCAACAAUAGGGAUUGACUUCCUGAGCAAAGCCAUGUAUCUGGAGGACCGGACAGUACGGCUACAACUGUGGGACACCGCCGGGCAAGAACGGUAUCGGUCGCUAAUACCGUCCUACAUCCGUGACUGUUCCGUGGCUAUCGUCGUUUUUGACAUCACAAACCGGCAGUCGUUCAUGUCAACGUCCAAAUGGAUAGACGACGUACGGUCAGAACGGGGGAACGAUGCCGAUCUUUCUGACAAACGGCAAGUGACCCUUGAAGAGGCCAACCAGAAGGCGGCACAGCUCGAGAUAAUGUUCAUGGAGACGUCCGCAAAGGCUGGGCACAACGUAAAGAGUCUCUUCAAGAAGAUCGCUAUGGAGCUCGUCGGUAUGGAGAAGGAGACAGAAGUCGCCGAUACUCAAAAUACCAAAAUCGACGUGACAGCACCACCAGCAAACGACAUUCCUGAUGCUUCGGCUUGCAAUUGCUGAUUGGUCAUACACGCCUUGUAUCACACUGAACUGCUGGAUGUUCUUGGCUAUGUUGCACUGUAAGUAGUGUGCAUUGAUAUCUAUUACAUUCCUCUUCAUUCCGGAGAUGUGUCCGCGAGCCCAUGGAUAUAAUCGGGCAAAUCGGAGACUCAACGCGCUUUCCAUAAGUAACGAAGUCCAUAAGUAACGAAAACAACCGCUUCGAGGACAAUUGACACUUGAUUGACGUUAGUGUACUGGUAC